UCUCUUAGUUUUCUUCUGAAAGGGGGUAAGAAACGAACAAGUUUCUUAAUUAUUUUGAAAAUAAUUAUUGAAUAUAUUGGAUGAAAAUUCAUUAUACUAGAUAUGAUUCAAUACAACAUCCACUGAACAUGUAGUUCUUGCCGUGUUCAUUCGUUGGUAACCAUUAUACUCCCCGGAGAAAAUCAAUAUUUUGGAGUUGUGCAGUUUGAGUGAACCAAGUUAUCGUUCUAUAUUCAACACAGACCAUAUGUUUACAAAAUACGACAAAGGGCAAAAGCGCAUCUAGUGAAAACUACAAAAAAAUCAUUCUUUUUUAACUAGUCCAUACUGGUGAACAAAAAACAGGCUGUGAUAUUGAAAGUUUUAUAUAAAUAUUACUAAUUCAGUUGAAACUGUUUCACUAUUUUAUUAGCCCCAAUGAAGAUUUCAUCGUAUCCAGGAAUGAGCUUGAGAGGUGAAGUCAGAGAGAGUAUUUCUCUGGACGAAGACGAUUUGAGUGAUGUUGAAGAUGAAGUAUUCAUUCGAGAUGGUAAAAAUGGAUACAAGUUGGCAGAAGAACUCAAUGUUAAAAGACCCUUGAUGGCUCCUAGGAGAAAACUUGGAAAAUCCGAAAUUGGAACAAGGCAAACUGGUAAACAGCCUUGUAGAGUCUUCUAUAAGCCGUGCUGUUAUGGAUUAGCAGCUCUGACUGUCAUGAUCGGGCUAAUCAUUUUGGUUGUUGUGCUUGUUUCAAUCUACCCGUUGCCUUUGGAUUGGUUGAGAGACUGGGUAAUCAAAAAAUCUCUGACGGAGGAACCAAAACUAACUUUACUGCCUUGUGAUGAUUUGAUUGUAACUGACAUUUGGUCGGUGAAUUUACCAAAACUCACUACGGAUUCGGCAAUACGUACCUUAGACGUGAAUGACGAUGGCAUAGAAGACAUUUUAUUUGGUUUCGGAACUGGUGACAAUUAUGAUAAACUGCCCGCUGAUACAUUUUGCCCGAUAUUUAUGGGAGUCCCUCCACCUUGCGAAGGAGGAGUUCUAGCUCUGAAUGGCACAAAUGGCGAGAUACUCUGGAGAGUUUGGUUCAACGACACCAUUUACAGUUUACAAUGUUCAGCAGAUGUCAAUGGAGAUCACUUAGAAGACUGUCUAGCCGUUGGAGAAAAAGGGACGUUAACUAUGCUCAAUGCUCGAAAUGGAUCCAAGAUAUGGCAGUAUAAUACAAACAGGAUGAAUAUCUUUGUGGCAAAUUUCAUUCCAGAUCAAGAUAACGAUAACGUUUCUGAUGUGUUAGCGUCACAAUCUUCACUUGGGGAUGGUGGAACAGGCACCGGUAAUCUUGUGUUAUUUUCGGGCAAGAACGGACAAGAGCUGAAACGAUUCAAGAUUCCUGGUGACGCGCAAACCUUCUAUAUGCCUCAAAUCCUUACUAAAAAUUAUACGAACUCGUAUGUAAUUUUUGGAACGGGUUCGCCAUCCUCUGGUGGUAAUCUGAGUGUGAAUACGGUUGAUGGGAUUACUUCUGGAAAGUUGACUAGUGAAUCGAAAACGAUAUAUGAGGAUAAAUUCAUAGGUAUGAUGACUCAAUCCGUUCUCGUGGACAUUACUGGUGACGGUAUUCCCGACAUAAUAACGGCCAUGCCCAAUUCAAGCUUAGUUGCAAUCGAUGGAGGGACGUUUCAACAAAUUUGGAAUUACACAAUUCCAGUAUCCGAAACUAAUAUCAGCCCGACACCGGCCUUCUUUAACAACGAUAAUGUUACAGAUUUUCUUAUCGUUUAUCAGAAGUAUGACCAAAUUUUCAACUACAAUUAUACACAGACAUUCAUUGUUGAUGGAAUAACUGGAAAAUCUAUUUACAAUCCCAUAGCAGGAAGCGUAUCAACACAAAUGAGUGGCUUAUUGCUGAGUUUUGAGUCUCACGGAUAUGAUAUGUAUCUAUUUUGGACCUCCGAAUGUGAAAAUGUGGAUACUCUCAGGAAAGUCGAUCUUCUCGAAAGUAAACAUGCUGAUGAGCACGACGAAUGCCGAAGCCAAUUCAACACUACAAGAAUUCUGAAAUUACACGCUCUUAAUCAAUUUCAGGAGCCUCCAGGAUUCACUGUUUAUAAUUCAGCCGAAAGAAAGAAUCUUGAAUUCACAGAAAUGAAAACUCCUACGAAGCAAUUGAAAGAAUAUUACAAGGCGCAUCCCAAAAUCAACAUACAAUCACUUGGUCAGAGCGAAGUUGACGAAAACUACAACGUUGAUCCAAGUCCUCCGAAAAUUAGAAAAUAUGGAACAUCGAGUUUCAGACACAAAGAUCACAAUGGAGGUUUGAUUGAAAGUUAUAUGACUGUACCUGAAAACCACCACUCUGAAGAUCGAACUCCACAAAUGACUGAGCCAGACUAUGAAUGGGUUCAGAAUCAGCAGGAGCCGCUGUUGAAUAACAUGGAAAAAAUGGAACCAAAUUUCGAUGAUUACCAAAUCGAUGAUACUGUACCUUAUAAUCAAAAACAUUUACUGAUUAAAGAAAAUCUGGAAAACUCCAACAGAGAUCCCAGAAGCAAAGAACGUAAGACGAAUAAUCACACAUCAAAAAGUAUAUCCAAAACAAGAAAAAAAGAUCUGUUCGGUGAAAAAAACGGCAUUUACGACUAUCGAAACGUUCGAUUAUCCAGAAAUAGGCUACUACGUGAUGUAGACUACAUUCCUACUGAUAUAUUCAAAGACACGUUUAUUAAAAAUGAGGAAAUGCGUCUCAGAAAAUCCAAAUUUGAACAGAGGGAUGUCAACACACACACUGAUAAGAUAAAAGAAAAGGAAGAAAUACGGAAAAUCAUAGAUAAAGAAUUGGAAGAGUCGAAGAAGUCUCCUACGACUUUGUGGGAUCUGGAAUCGGAGAAGGAGAUGGAAGACUGGGUGGACGGAAAUUACAGGGGGAAAAGGGAUAUCAACUAUGCUUCUUCCAUUAUUUCUAAAAUAACUUCAGUUGGUGCUAUAGUCGAUUCCAUCAACAUGACUAACGGUAGCAAUUCAAUAGAUAUAGUGUUCAUCAAGUACUGGAUACCAACGCACAUAGGACAUCAAGAAAUGUUGAAACGAGAUAUCAAAGAUUGUAUUGAUGAUAAAAUUAAGGAAAAUUCUGAAGAUACUGCUGUUCACAAAUAUCAAAAGACUAUAAGCGCAGAACAGAGGAUUUUAUUCGAGAAAGAGUGUCUCGAAGAACAAGAGAGUCUGAAAAUAGGAUUAGACUACUUCCAACAACUCUACAAACUUAGACUGGGACAAAUGACUGUUUAUAGGUUAAGAUUAGAAUGCAAGUGUAUGAGUGAAAGAAAAAAUGCUAGAUGUGCUGAAUUUUUACCCAAAGAUAAACAAAAUUGGCCUAGCUAUUUGGGAAGGUUUGGAGACGGGGUUUUUCCGACACAAGGCUACAGCAGGAGAUAAGAUAUACAAUAUGAAAGCAAAAUAUUACAGGCUUCCAGAAAAUUUUUCAAAUAAAUGCAAUAUCAUCUUCUAAAACCUGAAUUGAGGUUUUCAGAAAUGUAUUUUAUAACCGAUGCGACCCCAUUGUGGGACAAUUGACGUAUAAUAGACCCCUCAUAUAUCUUUUUCAAUAUAGGAACGUUCAACAUUUUCAUUUAACCUAAUCGUGGCAUCUGAGUGAUGACACAAUUCAAAAUGGUUAAUAAUUUUGAGCAACAGUUGUUAAAAAUGUGGAGUGGACGUUUUUUAAUGAAUAUUUAGAGAUUCGUUUCAAACAAAUCUGUCACAACAAUAUUGAGUAUAGUAUACAUCUUAUCAAUUCUUUCUUAUUAUAUGCAAAUAUUUUUGAUUAUGAAAACUAAACAAUAUCUGUUGUGAAUGGAAAGAGGUAUAUUCUUAAGAGAGAUUAGUUUUUGGGAAGGAAAGGUUUUGAAGAAAGAUCCGCACAUUUUUUUCUAUAAAGAUGGAGAAGUAGGAAGCUAAAACCUUUCUUUCCCAAUAAUCUGUUAUGAUUGCUCCACUAGAUGAACUACACUUAUGGAAAAAACUCUCCAAAACCCUUUAAUCAAAUGAAUAUAAACUGCAGCUAUUUGGAUUCAACUUAAAUCGUUACUUUUGAACAACACCGAUAUUAGAGCGUAUAUCUCUUUUCUCUAUACCAAAACUUAUUUCAUACGUGUCAAAUCGGAACCGAAUGAAAAUUGCUGUAAUGAGAUUUGUAGGUUUACCAUAUUGAAGUAAUUUGAAAAAGGCUAUCACUAAUCAUAGCGAUUCUAUAUAAAAUUAAAUUUCAUAUUCAACUGAAUUAUUCAAGUCUUACUUUUCGAUCAUUCAUUCAACAUUACAAUAUUUGAUUAGCAUGUGUGCUUCAACUACAACUUUGAUGAUAACAAAAUAGAGCCCAAUAAUCUAUUAAAAACGAGUGUCAAAUCUGUAUUUUUCAGAAAAUAUAUAUUUUACAAAUGAAAUGAAAACUUCUCUCAAUGAUAACGCAUUAAAAUUGAUAUUGUAGAAUUAUUAAUAGUACUUAUUAAUGUCUAUCGAGUUAUGAGAGCGAAAUUUCUAUAAAAAAACAACAGACAUUUUUGGUGCGUACAAGAAAGAUCAAAUUCAUUCCAUUAAAGCUUGGAUAAUCUUAGAUACAUUUCAAUUGUUAUAUUAUUUAUUUAUAUUAUAAUUGAAAUUCAGAUUGAAAACUGUUAUUUCUUAAUUAAUUAUCAUUCUGGUAUAUAAAUUUCAAUCUCAAUCCCUUCGCCCUUUAGAACUUGAAAGAUUCACAGUAAUAAAUCGAUUACUAUAUUUUUAUAAUGAACACAAAAAUAGUUCAGAAUUUAAAAUCAAGGGAAAAAAGGUGUCGGUAUAUAUACUUCUUCAUCUUUAUCGAAUAAGAUGUAGAAAUCUUCCAAAGAAAGACAGAAAGCAAUCAAUUUCAAAUUAA